GGCCGCUCGUGUUUUUGUGUUUCGCCGAAGGAGAGUGUCAUUCUUUCCUUCACUCUUGUUUUUGUAUGUGAGAUAUAGCGUCUCAGUCUCUGGAUGUGUCCUGUCUUCACCCACACAACGGACCUAUCUGUCUCUCAUUAUCUGGACACGUCAGUCACACUGACACCGUUUCUGAGGCCGAUUUUCAUUUUCGUUAGUGGAGCUGGACCCGCACACCAGGACUCAGUCCAGCCCGGUUCGGCUCGGUUCGGUGAACGGGACACAGCGGGGAUUUAAACGACAGAGCCCGACCAGAGAUGGAGAGACGCAGACUGAUGUGAACAGAACCAGCGCUAUGGAGAUACAUCCACUAUGCACUAAGCUUUGCCAUCAUAAAGCUGUGGAGCUGAAGGAUGAUGUGUGUGAGAAACAGAGUGCAGUCACCAUAAAUCCACGUCACAUGAAGAAAGCCUUCAGGAUCAUGAACGAGCUCCGCAGUCAGAGUGUGCUGUGUGAUGUCACCAUCAUUGCGGAGGAUGUGGAGAUAGCUGCACAUCGAGUCGUCUUAGCUGCUGGGAGUCCUUACUUCCAUGCUAUGUUUACAGGAGAGAUGACCGAGAGCCGUCAGAAGAAGGUUCGAAUCAAAGAGAUUGACGGCUGGACUCUGGGAAUGCUGAUUGAUUAUGUUUACACUGCUGAGAUCCAAGUAACGGAGGAGAAUGUGCAGGUGCUCUUGCCUGCCGCUGGUCUGCUGCAGUUGCAGGAAGUUAAAAAGGCCUGCUGCGAGUUUCUCAUAACUCAACUUCACCCAACCAACUGCCUCGGUAUCCGCGCCUUUGCCGAUUUGCACGCCUGCAUGGAGCUGCUCAAUCUCGCCAACACGUACGCAGAGCAGCACUUCUCAGAGGUCGUGCAGAGUGAGGAGUUUCUCAAUCUGGGCAUGGAGCAAGUCUGCAGCCUCAUAGCAAGUGACAAACUGACCAUUCCAUCAGAAGAAAAGGUGUUUGAAGCGGUCAUAGCGUGGGUCACGCAUGAUAAAGAUGUGCGUCAGGAACACAUGGCUCAUCUGAUGGAACAUGUUCGCUUGCCCCUUCUUUCCAGAGAAUACCUCGUACAGAGAGUGGAAGAGGAAACUCUAGUAAAGAACAGCAGCGCCUGUAAAGACUACCUUAUUGAAGCCAUGAAGUACCACCUGCUGCCUGCUGAGCAGCGCUCCAUGAUGAAGACCAUCCGCACCAGAGUGAGAACACCCAUCAGCUACCCAAAGGUGAUGGUGGUAGUGGGGGGACAGGCCCCUAAAGCCAUUCGCAGUGUGGAGUGCUAUGAUUUUGAGGAGGAGAGAUGGUUCCAAGUGGCAGAAUUACCCUCCAGACGAUGUCGAGCAGGUGUGGUGUACAUGGGCGGUGUUGUGUAUGCUGUUGGGGGUUUCAACGGGUCAUUGCGUGUGAGAACGGUGGAUGCUUACGACCCAGUAAAAGAUGAGUGGUGUUGCGUCAGCAGCAUGCAGGACCGGAGGUCAACACUAGGGUCCGCUGUCCUCAACGGACUGCUGUAUGCUGUAGGGGGCUUUGAUGGCAGCACAGGUUUAGCUACUGUAGAAGCAUAUAACGCUAAGGCCAAUGAGUGGUUCCACGUCAAUCCCAUGAACACACGACGUAGCAGUGUUGGAGUCGGCGUUGUUGGAGGUUUGCUUUAUGCGGUCGGAGGGUAUGACGGAGCAACACGUCAGUGUCUGAGUACUGUUGAGGCCUAUAACCCCAACACCAAUGAAUGGACUUACACAGCAGAGAUGGGAACCCGUCGUAGUGGUGCAGGUGUUGGUGUGUUAAAAGGUCUGCUGUAUGCAGUAGGUGGGCACGAUGGCCCUUUGGUUAGAAAGAGCUGUGAGGUGUAUGACCACGCCACUAACACAUGGAAACAGGUGGCUGAUAUGAACAUGUGCCGCAGGAACGCAGGUGUGUGUGCCGUGAAUAACCUGCUCUAUGUGAUUGGUGGUGAUGAUGGCUCGUGCAACCUGGCUUCAGUGGAGUUCUACAAUCCAAACACUGAUAAAUGGACCCUACUGCCCACCUGCAUGAGCACAGGACGCAGCUACGCAGGUGUGACGGUCAUUGAUAAGCCUCUCUGAGCAGCUGUGGAGCUGUUGAACACUGAAGCUGAAGCUGACAUACAGCAGAGGAUUCGCUCACACUGAAGCUCUUACGAUGACUGAAGCUUCAUCCUGGAACUGCUUCACAAUGGACAUGGCCUGGAGAAUACUGCUCUCUCUCUCUCUCUCUCUCUCUCUCUCUCUCUCUCUGUCUUACACACAUUCACAAACUCAUUCAGAUACUUAACUACAAGCAUUCUCACACUACCUCUUUUGUCUCUAGCUAAACACUUACACACUCUUUAUCUCUCUUUUCUUUCUGUUUCUCUUGUUUGAGAGUAGUCAGUAAUGAAGUUUAUUGCACUUUGAGGAGCACUGAAGAAGCAGGACCGAAACACAAUGUUGCUAACCUCUAAGAAAAGACUGGUGCAAAAAAUUUGGCCAGCACGUCUGUGACAUGAUCAAAACGUUCCUGCGUUUGAGCCGAGAGGAUGGCCAGAGAUUUUUGCUGCUUGAUCUCUUGAUCUGAAGGAACUUAUUGAUGGUUUUUGCUUAUUCAAAUAACGUUUGAGGGAAAAUGUGUCUAGUUUAGGACCAGCACUUUGUUGCCUCAUGGAAGGUUGUUUAUGAAGUCACUGGACUUUAACCAUCUUCAUUACGAAGGUUGGAUGAUGAUGAUAAUAAUGAUGUGAAUUUUGUUUUAUGGUUAGAGCUGAAACUUUGCCUAUAUGCAAGAAGGGUCUCUACUGAAAAUGAACAAACUUUUACAUUUUGCAAUUUGUUUGCCAAACAACAUUUGAAGUCUUAAAGUUUGAACCGUCUGUUGUUGUUUUUUUCUUUUAGUAUCUUUUUUUUUUUUUUUUUUUUUUGUGGUCCGGUUGUUCAAGAAUUGCGAUCUUUGACAUAUUCGAAAUGUUAACUUGAACGCUUCGGCAUGCACGAUACUGUGGACUGAUGCUGGUUGCUUGGGUAUUAAACCGCUUUGCAUGGUUCUAAAUACUGAUGUUUGUGUGCCAUUCUUAAACUACUGCUGUACUCACUAACCAACGUGACGUGCUCUCUCUGUACUAGCGGUAUUGAACGCUGAAGAAGUAUAAAGGUACAAUUUCUUUCUUUUCUCUCUUUUUGUUCUCUUUCUCUCUUUUUUCCUUCUUUGUUUUCUGUAACUUUAAUGGUUUUCUCUAUUCUGCUCUUGCUGUUUAGUAUUUAACUCUCUUUAACUAUUGUCACCAAGCCUAUUAAUGAAUAUAUAUACAACAGUGUAUUAUUAAUUGUCAGAGGAAUUGUCAAGAGGAAUGUUGUGUUCUUGAAGUUUCAUAACUUGUUUUAUAUCAUUAAUAAUAAACAUGCUUCUAGUAAAUAUA